AUGAACUCAUUCAUCCAGGAGCUGCGCAACCUGAGCAGCACUAGUAGCGCCAGCAGCAACAGUAGCUUCGAUUCUGGUCUUUCUCUAAGUGGGGACUCCAACGGCGGCAGUGGCCGGGCCACUGUCACCAACCACCAACAACAGCAACAGCAGAACAUCAUCUGGGGCAACAAGUCACUCUGGGGUCAGCCACCCCCGAGCCCAUCGCCCGCAGCCAAGUCUUCGUCGACGACGGAAUCAACGUGCAACAGUAUGUACGCAAGUAAAGAUCCUUCCUCUUCAUCCUCGUGGAAUCCGUCGGCCAGUAGUCCGUCGUUUUCCCACUCCCAAUCUCCCAAUUUCCCGCAAAGUAUUUGGGAAAAUUCAGGUACGAACACAACCGACAACUCGGCGACUCCUUCGCUGGGUUCAAUCUGGAUGAUUCCGGAAGUAUCGUCCUCCCGCAGUGUCUGGAGUGACACUCCGGCCCAGUCCAGCAAUUCUCAGCUGUUGCGACCGGCCGAAAUUGGUUGCUCCUUCUCCAGUGGCAGCAGCAAACUUAGCUCCCUCUGGGCUCCGAACGCUGCCGCCACGGCUGGCCAGACGUCAUCAUCGUCGCCAUCGUCGAUGGUCGCGUCCGGAAAUGUUUUGAAAUCUCUCCGAUUGGCUGGCACUGUGGGGGCCGGUGGUGCAGGUCCCAGCUCCAGUUUCGGUGGCUUAGGUGGCCUCAUAAUGGCACCCGCCGCCGGUGGUGGUGGUGGUGCUACUGCAACUGGAGUUUCGACGGCGAAUUCCGCUGCCGCCACCGCUGCUUCCACUCUGCAGCUAUUCUCGGACGAGUUUCUCAGUUAUCUAAAUAUCAACAAUUAG